UCGAUCCCCCGCCCCAUGGCUCCCGCCGCCACCGCGCCCGCCGCCGCCUCCCGCCUCGCGGUGGCCGGGGCUCUCCCUCUCGCGCACCGCCACCCGCCGGCGACGGUGGUACUAUCCUCCCCCGGCGUGUGGCCGAAGCUGCGUUCCGUGGCUGCCGCAGCCGCCGCCGCCGCCGCUUCUCCGGCUGCCGCGCCGUUGCCACCUCGCCCCAACGCCUCAAUCAUAAAGCGUCAUACGCUAUCAGUUUUUGUUGGGGAUGAAAGUGGGAUGAUUAAUCGAAUUGCCGGAGUUUUUGCUAGAAGAGGAUACAACAUUGAGUCAUUGGCAGUUGGGCUGAACAAGGAUAAGGCAUUAUUUACAAUAGUAGUAUCUGGAACUGAGAAAAUACUGAAACAAGUUGUAGAGCAACUAAACAAACUUGUUAAUGUUAUACAGGUUGACGAUCUGUCGAAGGAACCACAAGUUGAAAGAGAGCUAAUGCUUAUAAAACUAAAUGUUGAGCCAGAUAAGCGACCUGAGGUGAUGGGUUUGGUUGACAUCUUCAGAGCAAAGGUGGUUGAUCUUUCUGACCACACACUAACUAUUGAGGUAACUGGAGAUCCUGGAAAAAUUGUUGCUGUACAGAGGAACCUGAGCAAAUUUGGAAUCAAAGAAAUUGCCAGAACUGGCAAGAUAGCUUUGCGGCGUGAGAAAAUGGGAGAAAAUGCUCCUUUUUGGCGGUUCUCUGCAGCUUCCUAUCCUGAUCUUGAGGUGGCAAUGCUAUCAAAAUCUCAUGUCAGCACUGGAGUGAAAACAGCCAGCCAGAAUUCUGAAGAAUCUUCACAAGGUGAUGUCUAUCCAGUGGAGUCUUACAAAAGCUUCACGACAAAUCAAAUUCUUGAUGCUCAUUGGGGUGUCAUGGCUGAUGGUGAUCCAACAGGUUUUUGUUCACAUACUUUGUCCAUUUUGGUGAAUGAUUUCCCUGGAGUUCUCAAUGUCGUAACUGGUGUUUUCUCCCGAAGGGGCUACAAUAUUCAGAGUCUGGCCGUUGGUCCAGCUGAAAAAGAAGGCACUUCUCGGAUCACUACUGUUGUCCCUGGAACUGAUGAGUCUAUUGCCAAGCUAGUACAUCAAUUGUACAAGCUCAUUGAUGUUUAUGAGGUCCAGGAUCUCACUCAUUUACCAUUUGCUGCUAGAGAGUUAAUGAUUAUAAAGAUUGCUGUAAACACCACAGCCCGCAGAGCUAUCCUAGAUAUUGCUGAUAUUUUCCGGGCCAAAACAGUUGAUGUAUCAGACCACACAGUAACUCUUCAGCUUACUGGAGACCUUGACAAAAUGGUCGCAUUACAAAGAAUGCUCGAGCCCUAUGGCAUUUGUGAGGUUGCACGAACUGGCAGGGUUGCAUUGCGCCGUGAGUCAGGAGUUGAUUCCAAGUACUUGCGUGGGUUUUCCCUUCCUCUAUAGUUUGUCAGUUGGCAAUACAUCAUCCUCAAAGGGAUUUCAGUUCAACCUUCAAGUGAUAGAAUCAAUCGAAAGUCAUACAGUAAGAAAAUAGGGGUCACAUGCAGUUUGUCAGUUGCAUUAGCAAAGAUUCAAUAUAAGUGUUCGAGUUGGCUCAGAAUUGUUGUAUCUGACCAUUAAAUCUGUAUUUUGUUUUGAAAAAAGGUGGUGUUAAAUUUAUAAUUUUGUGAUC